AUGUACUUAAGUGCUGUUCAGUUCGAUUUAUGGUGGUUAGAUAAAAAUAAUGAUCUAGAAAUUAUAAUUAAAUCGACUGAAUUAUAUGUCUAUUUGUGUAAGCCGGAUCGUUUUCCAAAGAAAAUAAUGAACAUUGAACUCAAAUCGUCUCCUCCUAAACAUCUUCCACCACAGCAUACUGCAAUAUUAAAAUGGUUAAGUAAUACAGUGUCUACUGAAGAUCUGAAAUUUAAUUCGAUUUUUUCGAUCGAAGAAAUGACAGGAACGGUAACAAAUCGAACUCGACACGUGAAAAUUGAACUCUUGGAUAAAAAAGAAUAUGAUGAUUUAUUAAACGGUGGUCAACUGAAUGUGCAAGGUAAUCUGUAUGACGUUGAUGAGUUCUUACCUUCGCCUAAACUUCUGAUCUGUUCAAAAUGCAAUUUGCCUGGACACACCCGAAAAAUGUGUCAAGCUUCGAAUUUUGACGUGUGUAAAAGAUGUGGAGGUGAUCGUAUAAAUCUUGCUGAACAUAAAAACUGUCAAAUCAGAUGCCACAACUGCCAAGGUGACCAUGUCUCAACAGACUUUAAAUGCCCAGUAAUACAAGAUUUUCGAAGACAGUUAAUUGACGAGCUUAGAAAACAUCCUGAACGUCUUCCUCCUGACACCCAACUCUUCAUUCCGUCUGACUUUCGUCAACAAAACGAUCGUACAAAAAGUCUUAAAUCUACAGCUCCGGCUCUAUUCGUUCCACUUCCUGCAGAUCGUAAUAAUUUGGCAGCUUAUCCUCCACUUCAGUCUUCUACUGCACCAAACUUUCCUCAGGCUACUUCAAUCGUCACUUCAAACUUUAGUGAGACGAUAAAAUCGUUUAGAGAUAAAUUAAAUCAGAUUAAAACAGAAUACUAA